AUGUCGACUUCGUGGGCAGAUUUACUUCGUGGGCAACCAACAUUUGUUGCUUUACCAUCAUCCGUAUCAUCAAUCAAAUCCAAAUUUACUUUUGUUUCGCAGCAACAACAAUCAGCAACAACAACAACUCAACAGAAAUUCACUUCUCACACUUUGAAAGCAUCACAAAUUACUGCUUCUUCUGUUGGUAAUCAUCAUCAUGUCAGUCCGAACAAGCAAAGCAGCCAUGGAAAUGACAUGCCGAUGAAUCAUCAUCAAAAGAAUCAUCAAAAUAUUGCUAAUAAUAAUAAUGGAAAUAUUUAUCAAAAUAUUAAUAAUGGAAAUAUUAAUCAUGUCAUCAAUAACAUUUCCACGUUGUCAUCAUCCUCCGUGAUGCCUCUGUCAGCUCUCAAGCAACAAUGGAAAAUCGACCAAUUAAAUUUAAAAAAACAAUUGAAAUUGUACGAUCAAGUAACGUUUGAUCCUUCUCAUAUUUCAUCCACGCUUAAAUAUAUUGGAGGUGUGGAUAUUAGUUUUGAUAAAAUAGAUCCUAAUCGAGCAGUGGCAUCAUUGGUGGUUUUAUCAUUUCCAGAUCUGAAAGUCAUUUAUGAAAAUUAUCAUCAUGUGACCAUGAGUGUUCCAUACUUGGCUGGAUUUUUAGCAUUUCGAGAAGUGCCUCACUUUGUGAAACUUCUCGACGAGUUGAAACGCUCCAAUCCACACAUUUUCCCUCAAGUAAUUUUAGUGGAUGGAAAUGGCAUUUUGCAUCAACGUGGAUUUGGAUCUGCAUGUCAUUUGGGUGUACUGGCUAACGUUCCAACCAUUGGAGUUGCAAAAAAGAUGCUCUAUGUGGAUGGCAUUACGGAAGAACAAGUUCAGGAAUUGGAGGAAAAUGAAUUGGAACGAAAAGGAGACUAUGUCUAUCUCACGGGAAAAUUUGGAAAAGAUUUGGGAGCGAUUUUAUUGACUUCAGAUGAGUAUCAUGAGCCUGUGUAUGUGAGUAUUGGUCAUUGUGUGUCGUUGAAAACGGCCAUUGAGAUUGUGACCAUGUGUUGUCUCGAUAAAAUUCCAGAACCUAUCAAGCAAGCAGAUUUGAGAAGUAGGAAGGUUGUCAAGAUGAAUGAUGCCAGAAAAAACACCAAUCGAUCGUACAACAAUAAUCAAGAUCAAGGCAGAAAUGGCAAUAAUAGCUUGCAUUAUGGACGUCAGCAGCCCAGCAAGAAGUCAAAGUACUAG